AUGUUGUUCUGCCUGUCGAGCAUCGGCCACGCGAUGGCCCACUCAUUCAAAUUCAUAUACUGGAAGUGUUUGUGUUAUCUCUGCGUUGCGCCCAAAAGACACCGAAGACCCGCACAAAAGCGCCGAUCAUUCCGAAGGCGUCGACUCCAGGCCUCCCAACAGAUGGAAAUGGAGCCGAUGGCCGCCCAUCACCGCCGCUCUCAUAUGUAUUCCUCUUAUAAUCACCACAACUGGCGCUCAAAUCGAUAUAACGACGGAACGCCGAUCAUAUGCAAUAAGCACGCACUCAAUGAUGAGAUACUGGAGUCGACCUCAAGAUUUCCAGGUCCGCCGCCCACCCCAUCGCCAACAGCCACUCCACCGAGUUUUCAGACACUAAUCAACUCAAGUCUCGUGCAGUCGGCGCCCAAACACAUGAAUUCCGUGCGAUUUUUCAACGACGGCACCAAUCAGUGCGCACUACCGGACCAGUCAAUGAUGGCAUACCAGCAGACAAUGCGAGGACUGACCGAAACGAGCGGUGACUCGAGUGGCGAUGAGAGCGAAGACUCGGACGAUGAGGUGGAAGCGACGCGAAAAAGUAUCCCGAUCACUGUGUGCCUGACACUAGUGAUCAGUUAUAUCUGUGGAGGAGCAUGGUUCUUUUCCAACUCGGAGGACUGGACUUUCUUAGACGCCUCCUAUUUCUGUUUUGUCACGCUAUCGACCAUUGGGUUCGGAGAUCUGGUGCCCGGGCGGACAGUACUGUCCACUCCGGCAGACGGACAGAUGACUCUCGCUAUAUGUGCCCUCUAUUUGCUGUUUGGGAUGGCAUUACUCGCAAUGUCUCUGAAUUUAGUCAAAGAGAAAGUCACUAAAUCUGUCCGUUUUAUCGGUCAACGGAUCGGCAUUUUGGUCAGUGAUGACGACGACUACGACUUCUGA